UUCCAUGAAGGAGAAGUGGACACUUGCUGAGAUAUCCCCUCGGAUUGUCCAGGAAGAAGAAAGGAUGAUGAGGCAGAACAAGGAUCAGGCUUUUCAUGUUGGCUCCUCAAAGAGAAAGCAUGACGGGUCAGGCCCUUCAAAGUCGCCAAAGAAAACCUUCAAGAAGGAAAUGCCAAAGUUUAAAGGAAAGGAAAAGGAAAAGGAUAAUGGACAGUCUUCAGAGCCUACUGAUAAUGUGUGUUUCUUUUGUAAGAAGGAAGGCCAUUACAGGAAGGACUGUCAUGAAUACCUCAAGUGGAUGAUGAAGAAAGGGAUUAAAUUUGAUCCAAACCGUAACAAGCGGGGCAAGACGACUUAGAGUUGCAAAUGGAGUUGAAGUUGAUGUUGAAGCUGUUGGGUCACUCACCUUGGAGCUCCACACCGGCUUUCACCUUCAUUUAAAUAAUGUUCUUUAUGUACCUACUUUAAGUAGGAAUUUGAUUUCAGUUUCUUGUCUCGAUGAUAACAUGUUUGAGUGCAAGUUUGGCAACAAACAAUUUGUUUUAAAUUAUUGUAAUAAAGAUGUUG